GGGGACCAGGAUAAUAUCCUCAUCGAAUUCUUGGAGCGCGGACUCAGCAGCGAGAUCGCCAGCCGUCUCUACAACACUGGUGUCCCUCUGCCCAAGGCCUAUGGAGCGUUCAAAGCCUGGUGCAUCAACAUCGAAGCCAAUGCUCUGCGUGACCAGCUGCGCAAAGCGUCGUAUGGGCACCCCACACAACGACCACCUCCCCAGUUCCGUCCCCAAACGGCACCAGUGGCGCCCACACCCGCUCCGGCCCGACCCGCUGCCAACGAACCGGUUCCGAUGGAAAUCGAUCGUACCCACGCCCGCGGCCGCAAUAUCAUCUGCUACAACUGUCAGCAGCCCGGGCACAUUGCGCGGAACUGCCCGGAGCCCAAGAAGAAGCGCACGUUCUUCAAUCGGGCCACAAUGCUGGAAGAAAUCGAGAACGGGGACAAGGACAACGAGUUCCUGAAGGAGAUUGCCGAGAAGCUGCGCGAGAAGGGUUUUUGAAGCGCUCCACUCCUCUAGCCAAGGAGGUGGAGCGUCCGGACUAUGGACGAUUUUCUGUACUUGUUUCGAUUAAAGAUACGGACAAUAUUUCAUCUACAUACACGAUCUCAGACUCACUACGUACAAAUAUUCACGAUUUUCUUAUUGCCGA